UGGAGGCGGAAGUAGCUUUUUGAGUCUCGAAACGACAACAAUCUUUCGAAGAGCAAUCGAAAACUCACAUGAAAUAGCCGUUCAAGUCUUUCUGAUCGUCCAGGUUAUACCUGCGGAGUAUUUUAAUAGUCUAUAAGUGAAAGUAUUUCUUUAAACCCGAUCCAAAAUGUCUGAGCGAAAGGUUUUGAACAAAUACUACCCGCCGGACUUCGAUCCCUCCAAAAUCCCCAAGCUCAAGCUCCCCAAGGACCGGCAGUAUGUCGUCCGUCUCAUGGCACCCUUCAACAUGCGGUGUAAGACGUGUGGGGAGUACAUCUAUAAGGGUAAGAAGUUUAACGCCCGAAAGGAGACGGUUCAGAACGAGCACUACAUGGGUCUCCCCAUAUUCCGAUUCUACAUCAAGUGCACGCGGUGCCUCGCCGAGAUCACCUUCAAGACUGACCCAGAGAACACGGACUACGCCAUGGAGCACGGAGCCACACGCAACUUCCAGGCGGAGAAAUUGAUCGAGGAGGAGGAGCGGAAGAUACAGAAGGAACGGGAGGAGGAGGAGCUCAACAACCCCAUGAAGGUCCUAGAGAAUCGAACCCGGGACUCCAAGAUGGAGAUGGAAGUUCUGGAGAACCUUCAGGAGCUGAAGGAGCUGAACCAGCGGCAGGCGCGAGUGGACUUCGAAGGCAUGCUGGGACAGUACCGGGAGAUGGAGAGACUACAGAGAGAGAUGGAGGAAGAGGAGGACGAACGAGAGACCAAGGAGAUGUUGGAGAAGGCUCUAGUGAAGCGACUGAGGGACUCCGACUCUGACGCCAGUGGCGGUGAUGGCGGUGAUGACGACGACGACGAUGAUGAUGAGGAGAGGAGGAAGAAGAAGAUGAAGAAGAGUGUGAUGGAGAGACCAACAGACAUUCUGACGGAGGAGAGGAGCGCGGACGCACAGUCCUCUUCCUCCUCCUCCUCCUCCUCCUCCUCCUCCUCGGUGCCAGUGAAGCGUGCCCAUGCUCCAGAGAAGUGGGAGAGGAGUGUGGGGAGCCUGGGCAGCAAAGCUCUACUGGGCUCCCUGGUGGUAAGGAAGAAAACUGCAACAACAACAACGACCACAACAACAGCAGCAGACUCCAAACAGACAGACAUCAAGACCUCUGUCCUCUCCAACUCCACGAGUAGUACCGCAAAUCCAACGGUUCCGCAGAAAAGUUCCUCGACAGUAGAAGCGAAGACGGUUCCACCCCAGAACGGUUCCUCGUCGCUGAGCCUGCUGGGAGCGUACUCUGACAGCGACGACAGCGAUUGAUUGAUUGAUUGAUUGACAGAUCGUUUUGACAUUGAUGGUCAUUUGAUUGGUAAAAUAAAUCGUUCGUUUAAAUUA